CAUCAGCAGGCCACCUUUGUACCCGCAGUAAAUAAUCAGCACAACUACAACACAUCGCAUAUGAACUUUUACACAAAUCGAAAUCUGCAAAAUUUAAGUUUUCAGAAAAACAUUCACAACUCAUUGAGAUAAUGGCACUUCGAGCUCUAGUGGGCUGUAAGAGGGUUAUUGACUAUGCCGUCAGGGUACGAGUGAAGCCGGACAAGACGGGCGUGGUGACGGAUGGGGUAAAGCACUCGAUGAACCCCUUCGACGAGAUUGCUGUGGAAGAGGCGGUGCGGCUGAAGGAGAAGAAGGUCGUCUCCGAAAUCAUCGCCGUCUCCUGUGGGCCUGCCCAGUGUCAAGAAACGCUGCGGACAGCCAUGGCCAUGGGGGCCGACAAGGCGAUCCAUGUCGAAAUUCCCUCUCCCCAGUACGAAACCCUCCAACCCAUCCACAUUGCCAAAAUUAUGGCCAAGCUUGCCACCGAUCAGAAAGCUGACAUUGUGAUUUUGGGCAAACAGGCAAUUGAUGACGAUUGUAAUCAAACUGCACAAAUGACUGCAGCCUUCCUGGAUUGGCCACAGGGAGUUUUUGCAUCUAAGAUCGACAAAGAAGGAGAUGGCUUAACGGUUAUGCGUGAAAUUGAUGGGGGACUUGAAACAAUAAAAGUUAAACUACCUGCAGUAAUAUCUGCUGACUUACGACUUAAUGAACCUCGAUAUGCGACACUGCCGAACAUUAUGAAAGCUAAGAAGAAGCCUUUAGACAAGAAAACCCCUGCUGAUCUUGGGGUUGAUUUGAAACCUAGAAUUCAGGUGCUCUCUGUGGAAGAUCCUCCAGUACGUGAAGCCGGUGCGAAGGUAGCUGAUGUUGAUGAGCUAAUCUCCAGACUAAAAGCAUUAGGAAGAAUUUAAGUUAGAACUAAUAAGCGAAUUACGAGGUGGAAUGCAUGGCAUUUAACAAAUUCAACUGGAAUGGAUUGGAUAACUAUAAGGAAUGUUAAAUCAUUGUUCCUACUACAAUUGAUAAAAAAUCAUGGAAUUAUGAAUCUUGGUUGAAAACUAAAACUAUAUUGGCUAACAAUAAGUAAGAGAAUUAAUAAAGUAAGAGUGUAAUAUUUUUUGAUUGUCCUGAAAUAAAAAUGGCGACUGAAACUCAUCCCAA